UUCGAUUUAGAUUUAGUAUUUUUUACCUUAUAAAAUAAAUAAAGAAGUUUAUUUGUUUUUUCUAUUCACCUCGAAAUUCAAACCCUAGAUUUUGAUCAGCAUAAUUGACAAGAAUAAAUAAUAUUGAAAGUGGAGUUAUCAUCAUCAUCGUUAAUAUAAUUUCAAUUCAAUAUUUCAAGAUAUUUGGGUUAAUUUGUGUUUACGCCUUCUGUUUUUAGGUCUAUCUUUUGUGAAAAACAUGAAUUUGAAGAAGAGAAGUAGAAGCGGAGUUCAAGAUGAGAAAAAAGAGAGGGACUUGAAGACAAGAACUUCUUCUUCGCAUGAUGAAUACAAUAGUUCUGAAGAAGAUAUAUUGAAAGAUCAAAGAGAGAAGGAGGAACUAGAGCAGCAUUUGAGAGAAAGGGAUUCAGCCAAAACACGUAAGUUUGCUGAACCGAAGAAACUUCGUAGAGAAUCUAAUGCCGCAAAAGAGAAUGAGGAUGUUGAAACUUUGAGGAAGGUUUCGAGGCAAGAGUACUUGAAAAAAAGGGAGGAAAAGAAAUUACAAGAACUCAGGGAUUACAUCGAAGAUGAGCCAUAUCUAUUUGAAGGCACGAAGCUUUCAGAGGCUGAAUGCCGUGAUCUCAUGCACAAGAAAGAGACAUAUAACAUUCUUUCAAAGAAGAAAGAAUUGAAGAGCGGGGAUUAUGAGUAUAAAAUGCCUGAAGCUUACGAUGAUCAACAUAGCGGGGUUAAUCAAGAAAAGAGGUUUUCUGUGGCUAUGCAGCGUUACACUGAUUCAAAUGUUGAGAAAGAAGAGGCUUGGGAGGAACAUCAACUUAGAAAGGCAACACUCAAGUUUGGUUCGAAAAAUAAAACACGAGCGUCUGAUGAUUAUCAGUUUGUGUUUGAGGAUCAAAUCGAUUUUAUCAAGGCAUAUGUAAUGAAGGGAUAUAAGUAUGGUUUUGAAGAAAAGACUACAUUGGAAAAGUAUAGAGAUAGAAGGUCAGUUUUAGAGGCACUUCAAGAAGAAAGGAAAAAGCUACCCGUCUAUUCUUUUCGGGAUGAAUUGCUUCAAGCGGUUCAUGAUCACCAGGUACUUGUCAUUGUUGGGGAAACUGGUUCUGGAAAGACUACACAAAUUCCCCAAUAUCUCCACGAAGCUGGUUAUACAAAGCAUGGUAGAAUGAUUGCAUGUACUCAGCCACGACGUGUUGCUGCUAUCAGUGUUGCUGCCAGAGUUUCUCAAGAAAUGGGUGUAAAACUAGGACACGAAGUUGGUUACUCCAUACGUUUUGAGGAUUGCACGUCCAAGAAGACCAUAUUGAAAUAUAUGACCGAUGGAAUGUUGUUGAGGGAAUUCCUUGUUCAGCCUCAGCUGGAAAGUUAUAGUGUUGUGAUGGUGGACGAGGCUCAUGAAAGAACACUUUCUACUGAUAUUUUGUUUGGAUUAGUGAAGGAUCUUGCUCGUGCUCGGCCUGAUCUUAAGGUGCUGAUAUCAAGUGCUACUCUUGAUGCAAAGAAGUUCAGUGACUACUUUGAUCUUGCUCCAAUAUUCAAAAUUCCUGGGAGACGGUAUCCUGUUGAAAUACACUUCACUAAAGCACCUGAAGCCAACUACUUGGAUGCUGCUAUCGUCACGACGCUUCAAAUCCAUGCUACUCAACCUCCAGGAGAUAUAUUGGUAUUUCUUACUGGUCAAGAAGAAAUUGAAACGGUAGAAGAAAUCUUGAAACAUCGGAUGAGAGGUUUUGGGACUAAAAUAGCUGACUUAAUUAUAUGCCCGAUAUAUGCCAACCUUCCAACUGAACUACAAGCUAAAAUAUUUGAACCCACACCUGAAGGGGCUAGAAAGGUAGUUCUUGCCACCAAUAUUGCAGAAACAUCAUUAACAAUUGAUGGGAUUAAGUAUGUCAUUGAUCCAGGAUUCUGUAAGAUGAAAUGUUAUAAUCCAAGGACUGGAAUGGAGUCUUUACUAGUAACUCCCAUAUCAAAAGCUGCGGCAAAGCAAAGAGCCGGUCGAUCUGGAAGAACAAGCUCUGGUAAGUGCUUUCGAUUGUUUACUGCUUAUAGUUUUCUAAAUGAAAUGGAAGAUAAUACUGCACCAGAAAUACAACGAACUAACCUUGGAAAUGUAGUCUUAACUUUAAGUUGUCUUGGUAUUGAGAGUGAAAAGUUGUUUCAGUUUGAAUUUAUGGAUCCUCCACCAGUUGAGGCCAUAAUAAAAGCUGUGGAGCUUUUAUAUGCACAAAAUGCUUUAACUGUUGGUGGCAAAUUAACAAAGGUAGGCAGACGGAUGGCAGAGUUCCCGCUUGAUCCUAUGUUGUCGAAAAUGAUAGUUGCUUCAGAAAAGUACAAGUGUUCUGACGAAGUCAUCUCCAUUGCUGCUAUGCUUUCUGUUGGCAACUCAAUAUUUUACCGCCCGAAGGAUAAACAAGGACAUGCAGACAAUGCAAGAAUGAGUUUUCACACUGGAAAUGUUGGUGACCACAUUGCACAUCUUAAUGUCUACAAUUCAUGGAAGGAAAACCAUUAUUCAACUCAAUGGUGUUAUGAUAAUUAUAUACAGGUAAGGAGUCUCAAACGCGCUAGGGAUAUCCGUGAUCAACUUGCAGGGCUUUUGGAGAGGGUUGAGAUCAAACGAACUUCAAAUGCUAAUGAUUUAGAUGCUAUCAAGAAAUCCAUAAUAUCUGGAUUUUUCCCUCACGCUGCAAGAUUGCAAAAGAAUGGAUCUUAUCGAAUGGUUAAAAAUCUACAGUCUGUUUACAUACAUCCAAGUUCAGGGCUGACAAAGGUUCUUCCUAGAUUGGUUUUAUACAAUGAACUAGUACUCACAACCAAGGAAUAUAUGAGACAGGUCACAGAGAUAAAGCCAGAGUGGUUGCUUGAGAUAGCCCCCCACUUUUACAAUCACAAGCAUUUUGAAGACUUGAGUUCCAAAAAAACUUCCUGUGGACUUGCGUAAUAGGGCUUUCAGCGGGAGGGAGAUGGAAGUAUAUUCGUUAGGUGGUUUUAUUGGAGGGAAGUGCAUUACCUGCUUAAUUUCUGUUUUAAUCAAUCAUUUUCUUGGUCGUAAUUGAUUUGUGCAUAGUGGCAGUUCUUUCUGGUUAUGCAAAAGACUUGGAUUUUAAAAUUGUUUAUGGAAGUCUUUUACUAUGUUGGAAGGGGGACAUGGUACUUUAUUUGUAUUAUUUAAUCGAAAGGAGAAGUUAUGUUGUUUGACAAAGAAUGCAACCAUUAUUCAAUAUACAAAAUGCAAAGUGGAUAUAGACAGUAACAGGGUUGUCAAACCAGAAUAGAUAAAUCUAUUCCCCUCAAACACAUGCAAUUAAUGAAGAACCGAAUCGAUCAAAGAUUUUGAUCCGUCAUCCCAAGGUAUGAUUUAAAUUCUUUUAUUCCGUGGAGAGAAUAGGGGAUGAUUUAUUAUAAUAUCAUAUAGGGAAUAAAAAAACUAUUUCAAAUUUCUUUGUUGAAACAAAGUUAUUGCUGAUUACAUUUUUUGUUAGCAGUUCUGCUAGAUUUUAACUACAUAUUACUCUAAGUUUUAGAUGUGUUUGAUAAAGGUGCCUGCAAGUAAGUUAAGUUGAUAUCUAAAACAGAAUACCAAACAUUCUAUUUGUUUUUUUUGUU